ACACAGAGAGGCAGACAGAGAGAAAGAGGAAGAGAGGAAGGAGAAUCCACAAAGGGUUGAGAGGAACAAACAGAGAAACCAAGACUGAGAAACAGAAACGGAAACAGAGGACCCAACCCAUAACAGCUGCAGCCUUUCAGAGGGCAUACGUAGAGAGAGACAGAAUUUGAGUAUAAUCUUCUUAUAAGAAACGAUCUGGGAUUUCUUUUGUUUCGAUAAAUUAUCUUGCUUCUCACAAUAAAAUCUGUUACUUUUUGGGGUGUCUUGGAUUCUCUGCCAUGAAUUUACCUACUUGGUAGUGUGGGAAGGAAUCUUCUUAGGUGUUGUCUUAGAUCUUGAGAUAUGGAGACAGAGGAGAGGAAUCAGAGAGCUUGUAAACAGCCUUCAGAGCCUGAACUUUUCCUACAGUGGGGAAACAGAAAGCGAGUCAGAUGCGUGAGAGUCAAAGACCCUGAAAUCUCAGCCAGAUUCAACGCUGGAAUCCGAAGAAAAAUCACCUCUAGAUUUGCUUCUUCCGACAAAGAUGCCUCUCAUCUUCAACUCAAUCCCCUCACCAGGAAAUCUGCGUCCCCAGAGAAGGAAGAGAGGUACUAUAGCACAAGAGGGUCAGUGGUUGUGGAGGAGAAUGGGAAAUUAUCGGUGGAUGUUAACAACAAUAGCAAUACUAAUAAUAAUCAUAACCAUAAUGGGGAUGAUAGAGGGUUGAUUUGGCCAAAGCUGUAUAUAACUUUGUCAAGCAAAGAGAAAGAGGAGGAUUUUCUGGCUAUGAAGGGUUGUAAGCCUCCCCAGAGGCCUAAGAAGAGGGCUAAGAUCAUCCAAAGAAGCUUACUUUUGGUGAGUCCUGGGGCAUGGCUGACUGACAUGUGUCAAGAGAGAUAUGAAGUUAGAGAGAAGAAGAGUUCUAAGAAGAGACCAAGAGGAUUGAAGGCCAUGGGGAGUAUGGAAAGCGAUUCAGAAUGAGUGAGAGAGGCAGAGAGAGACAAAAAAGCUAAAGAAACAAAGCUCUUUCCUUAGGAAUUUUUUUGGGAAUUCUUUUGGAGGUGAUAAUGGUGUGUAAACUUAGGUUUGUUUUAUUAAUUGUUAUUAUAGAGCUUGUAGCCUGGAGAAAGGGGUAGAAUUGUCUUUAUCUCACUCGCUUUUUGUAUACAAGAAAAUUCCUAUUUAUAAUCAGAAAUGAUUUUAUUGAUGAUUUUAUCUUCA